CCGAAACUUAUUUAUGAUUAAUAAAAAUGAAUAUUAAUAACUACCACUGCACCACUUACUACUAAAGUUUGAAUUAGUGUAAUUUGUUUCAAACAAAUGUUUCGAUUAUUCAUUCAUUAUAUUACGUUCCUUUUCUUUGUCAUUAUCUAUUCUGUUGAAAACACAUUUCUAGAAAUACGCCUAAAACUAAUCUAAAAUAUGAGUAUAUGAAGAUAGCACAUACGUUUUGUUUACUAUUCAGAAAGCUAAUUUACUAAUCUCGAAAUUUAUAUAUUUUAUCAUAAAAUUUAUCUUCUUGCAUGAUUCUAUUGUCUGGGUGUGUUCGUAUUCAUACCAGUGAAGUUGGGUGAUGUGAUGUGCUCAGCUGAGAUAAAAUAGAUAACCUAAAACUUAUGAUUUUCUAUAAAGAAUUGAAAGGAUGAAUAUGGCAAAAAUUUGGAAAAUAUUGACGAGAAAAAAAGUGAUUGAGCAUAUUACUGCUGAAGAAUCAAAGUUAUCAAGAAUUUUGAACACAUUUGACCUGACUGCACUUGGAGUUGGAAGUACCUUGGGGGUAGGUGUAUAUGUAUUAGCGGGACAUGUUGCCAAAGAUACAGCUGGACCAUCUGUCGUUCUAUCGUUUUUUAUAGCAGCCCUAGCUUCAAUUUUUGCAGGUUUGUGCUAUGCGGAAUUUGGUGCUCGAGCUCCGAAAGCAGGAUCUGCUUAUAUUUACAGUUAUGUUUGUGUCGGUGAAUUCGUAGCAUUUGUAAUAGGAUGGAAUCUUAUCUUGGAGUAUGUCAUUGCUGACACCGCAAACUGGAGUAUACAACCCAACAGCACCACAAAUUCAACAAUAAUUGGCAAGGGAGGUUUUUUUCCCUUUGGUGUGGAAGGGAUGAUAAAGGGAGCAGCGACCUGUUUUUAUGGUUUUGUUGGAUUUGACUGCAUUGCUACUACAGGAGAAGAAGUAAAAAAUCCGAAAAAGGCUAUACCCAUCUCAAUUAUCCUAUCGUUAUUCAUAGUUUUUUUGUCAUAUUUUGGCACAUCCGCAAUUGUUACUCUUAUGGUGCCAUAUUAUCUUCAGAAUGCUAAUGCUCCUAUACCAUUUGCUUUUGAACACAUUGGCUGGGAAUGGGCUAAAUGGAUUGUUUCAAUAGGAGGAAUUUUUGGAUUAUGUGCAAGGUUUGAUGGCAGCUAUAUUUGACCUCAAACAGCUGGUGAAUAUGAUGUCUAUUGGAACCUUGUUGGCAUACACAAUUGUAGCAGCAUGUGUUCUGCGAUUAAGAUAUUCUGAUGAACAAGUAAGAUUGUACCGUCCUGUACAGGUGUCGUCAGACUCUGAUGAUAGUGAUAUUUCAGGUUUCACUUGUGUAUUCAUUGGAUUGUGUGUACUAUUUUGGAAAAAUCAUAUCGUAGAUGGUGAUGUUUGGGCAAUAUCUGUUACAUCUGGAUUUGUUUUCAUUGCUGUAAUUCUUGUUAUGUCUAUGGCUACUCAACCCACAUCUAAAAAGGAACUUUCAUUCAAGGUUCCUUUGGUACCUCUCAUACCAGCAAUUAGCAUAUUGAUAAAUAUUUAUUUAAUGCUUAUGCUUGAUAUACACACUUGGAUCCGAUUUGGGAUUUGGAUGGCAUUAGGCCUUCCUACUUACUAUUUUUCUCUAAGACCAUAUUCGGAAGUACAAAAAAACGCUUCUCCUCUUCAUGAAAACACGAUUUCCAAAAAGAUUGUUCUAAAUUAUUACGAUAACAUUGAUUUUGAACCUGAUGAAUUUGAGAAUUCCGAUAUGAAACAAUCAACAAAGAAGCAAGCCCCCCUGCCUCCUGUGAUAACUGAAGAUAAAGUGGAGGUACUCAAAAUACAAGAAGAACUGGAAAAAUUGGAUGAAAUGUUGGAAGAAGUUGAUAAUAAUCUUCAUAAUUCCUUAGAACGUAAAUUUUCUAAAGAUCGUGUAUCCAUUGUCUCAGAUAUUAUGCUGUGUGAACAGAGUGUUGUUGCUGUUGUGCAUCGCGAUAAUGUUGUCUCUCCUGCAGAAGCUACUAUUUCACCUUUUACCACUAUUUCAGAAAAUGUUCCCAUUUCCUUCAGCCCCUCUGAGCUCCUAAAAGAAAAAGAUGAGUUAUCAAAUGAUAAGGGUGAUGUCGAAUCAGUUGACUCUCCCAUUCCUCCAGACACUCCAUCAUCGAAACAUGAAUCAAGUGAAUCUGAUGAUGAGAAAAGUGAUAGCUCUGUAACCCAAAAGUCUCGUCCUCCAACGCCUCCACCAUCUUUAAACAGUUCUCCCUUACCUCAUACAAAGGAAAAAACGAACUCUCAUGCGCCCCCUCCAAUGCCAUCAGGUGGUACUAAAAAUGAAAGUGAGGAAGUUUUUCCCAAGCUGACUUCUAGCAGGCUUAACAAUAUAUUACUAAAACCACCAAAAAAAGUUGUAAAGAAAGAUUCAUCAGAAUUCCAACCAGGUGAUGAAAAUUUAACAGUCACAUCAGAAAAGACCAAAGUAUUCAUGGAAAAUCUUGGUGGAAUAUUGCGAAGGAUGACUGUGCUACCAAAUUAUAUUCCGAUUGAAAAAAAUGUAUACAAUAACAAGAAAAUUCAAGAUAACGGAAGCCCAAACAAGGUAAUCCCCUUAGAGAAAAAUGACGAUGUUAUUCAAGACAGUAUCAACGUAAAUGAGGCUAAAGAAAAAUUUGUUUCAUUUAUCACUUCCAGAGCAGAAAGCCUAGGCAACGUGAAGAGGGAUAAAAAACAGGGCAUUGAAAGCAAAACAAAUAAUUAUCAAGUUGAACCUCCUAAAGGUAAAAAGACAGGUACAAACAAAGAAGAGUUUGAUGAAGAUUUCAUGACUCACAAAAAAAGAAUGGGUAAUGUUUUUAGAAGUAUUCAUUUACCAAACGAAGGCCUUUCCAUAACUGAGGACACUUCACGCAACUUCAAAUCAUUGGGUCAAAUGAACGAUGAUAAGAAAAAACAUAGACAAGCUAUGAAUGAAAUUUUUAAAAAUAUCGAAUUGAGAAGAAAAGAUAGUAGUAAACUUUAGAUCAUUAUAAUUGAAGACAAUCAUCAUGUAUAUUGAUAAAAGAUGUUUGUUUGCCUGAGCUAACAGAUGAGUUAAGAACAUAUGGAGAUUAAAUUUCCAGAUUAUUUAAUGCUCAUUUGAAUGACGUGCAAGACACUUUUAAUAAUAAUCCCAAUUUUUCAUCGGAAGUCCUCUUGAGAUCCCCUAUAUGACAUCUCCAUAAAAAAUGUGUUAUGCUUUUCGUUUGUUGUGCUCCUUCUUUGGCUUAUAGCUUUAUCUGUUCUUCAAAUUCCAAACUCACGUACUAAAACUACUAACCACUAACCGAAAUGGCUCUAUUGGUAUUGAUAGAUAAUAAGUUUCAGUUUUUGAAUAUUCAUUUCGAAUGAUAUUUUGUAAUUGAAAUUACCAGUGGUAUGAGAAUUUUAGUUUUGUGAAAUAAUUUUUGUUGCCUCUGUUUUGAUCAUUUGAGCUUGGAUUUUUUUAAUGUGUGAAUUUAUCCUAAUUCAUUUUUUAAGUAUCACAAAACUGAACUGAUGUAUCAUGUUCUCUUGUUUGAAAAACUAACAGAUGAGUUGUAUAAAGAUGCGGAUUCUGUAAUAUAAAUUGUCACAACAAAAAUUUUAGGGUUAAAUAAUUAUUACCUACGUCUCUACAAAUAAUCAGUUUCGCAUAAGGAUAAUUUGUUGAUAGAAAUUCGGUAGAAUGAAGAAUUGAAUAAUGUAUAGGUUGAUGUAUUGUAUUUUUCUCUCGUAAAAAGAAUUCCUAUUGAUUCAGUAUAUGAAAUGUCACUCAUUGAAUUCAAAUAUUUUUUUGAAUCUCUACCGUUCGAUUUGUGAGUAAUGUUUUUAUAAUAAAUUUACUUAUGAAUGA